AUGGGAGCCACGUUUACGUUCGGAUUAUGCUUCCUCUUAUUCUCUGGACUCGCAUUCUCGGACUGUCCACACGACAAGAAAGUGCUUCUCCAAAUAAGGAAGGACUUGAACAACCCUUACCUCCUAGCCUCGUGGGACCCUGACACCGAUUGCUGCGACUGGUGCUGCGUCAAAUGCGACUCCAAAACGCACCGCAUCUACUCCCUCGUGAUGUUAUCUUCUGUGCCAGAUACCAAUUUAUCAGGCCACAUACCACCCUCCGUUGGAGACCUCCCUUACCUUGAGACCCUCGAAUUUCACAAACUCCGUAAACUCACCGGCCCAAUUCAGCCCACCAUCGCCAAGCUCACCAAACUCAAGUACCUCACUAUCAGCUGGACCAACACCUCCGGCCCAGUUCCAAAUUUCUUGGCCCAACUCACAAACCUGGACUUCAUCGACCUUUCUUUUAAUAACCUCUCCGGCACCAUACCUACCUCACUUUCCCGCUUGCAAAACCUUUCGUUCUUACGCUUGGACCGGAACAAGCUCACAGGCCCAAUCCCAGACUCAUUUGGGUCAUUCAAGAAGCCAGGCCCAAGUAUUAUCUUAUCCCAUAAUCAACUUUCCGGGCCCAUUCCAGCCUCCUUGGGCAACUUAGACCCACAAAGGAUAGACUUUUCAAGGAACAAGCUGGAAGGUGAUGCCUCCGGGCUUUUCGGGCGGAACAAAACGACGCAGUUUCUUGAUGGUUCGAGGAACUUGUUGAAAUUUGAUUUAUCCAAAGUGGAGUUCGCGACGAGCUUGAUAUCGUUGGAUCUGAAUCAUAACAAGAUCUAUGGCAGCAUUCCCGUGGGAUUGACCGCAGUGGAUUUUUUGCAGGGGUUCAACGUCAGCUAUAAUCAGCUGUGUGGUGAGACACCGCAGGGUGGAAGAUUGCAAAGGUUCGAUGUGUAUUCGUAUUUUCACAAUAAGUGUUUGUGUGGGGCCCCACUUCCUAGCUGCAGUGAACUAAAAAUAUGAUACUUUAUGUUCAUAUUAUUCUAAUUCAAAUAAAAAGGAAUCUCCGAUUUAU